AUGGAAGUUGCCAAACCUUGGGAGGGCCUUGAGGCGGUUACCGGACUGUCGUCACUGUCCAGCGGGGCCUGGCUGAAUCAAUGCAAGGGCCCGAGCGCGGGGCAGAGUACGGUGAUCCUGCUGCUUGACGCGCUACUGGCGGUGCCUCACGCACACGCCGGUGCUGCCUUCCAGGAGGAGAUGUUGCUGUACAUGCCAGCAGGGCACAGGCAGAUGGUGCUCGAUUUCCGCGCGCGCUGGAAGGGUUUGGCGACCAUCCCAGAGAUCGUGAGCAAGGUGGGCGAAGACGCGGCGGGCCUGCAGCAAGCCUACAACGAGGCAGUCACUGCGCUCGGCGACCUCCGACGGUUCCAUUUAGCCACGGUGCGGAGGUAUUUGGUGCGUACCUCCAAGGGAACGGGGGCCACCACCUGGCGCAAGCUCCUGCAGGCCAUGCUGGACACCACUGCGGCCUCCUUGCUGCGCUGA